CAAAUGACGACCAAGCAAUGGUGCAAUGCGACAAGUGUCUUGUCUGGCAACAUACUGAGUGUGUUGGCUUCACAGAGCGCUUGGAAGAAUACCAUUGCGAACGUUGCUCUCCUGCCAAACAUCCAUAUAUACAAAUGGGCUUUCGAACCAACGUCGAGUUUCUCGAGAGUACAAGCCAUAAGAAAUCCAAAACCAAACAUGCUUCCCAUAACACAGAAGACGACAAGGGCACGAAACGACGCUCAAACCAUCGUCCAAAAAAGUUUGAAGAAGCUUCGUCUAACUCGUCCCGUUUCAACCUUCCACAGCGACGUCCAAGCAAUACAUCUAAAGCCUCACACACAAAGUCCUCACAUUCCAAAACGUCAAACCCCUCAAGUCCUACUCAUAAACCGAAACGUAAGCCAUCACUAAGCUCGCUAAGUGAUGAAGAUAAAGUGACAUCAAAUGUGGGUAAGAGCAACCGUAAGGGUCAUGUAAAGAAGAAAUCUCGGCAAACGACCUCGUCUGAAGGUGACAGCCUAUCGGAAAUUGAAGAUUCGAUGGAAAUCGAUGACAUUGAAUUAGAAGAAAGUCAGAAUGAGGAUAAAGGGCACGAGAAAACGGAAGAGAUGAAUGAUGAAGAAAUGGAAGAGCUGAAAGAAAGAGACAUGAAUAAGGAGAACGACGGAGAAAGAGAGCAAGAUAAUGAAGAAGCAUAUGAGAAGAUUAAUGAUAGACCACAAAAUAACAAGAAUGGAGAGAAGUCAGCGUACAAAAUGCAUAAUGAUACCAGCAAGAAUGGAGAAAAGAGUACGGAAAAGCCUCAUCACGUCUUUGAGAAGAACCUAGAUAGGCCUUUCAUAGAAGCGCACCACCAUGAAGAGGAGUAUCAAGAACGCAAAGACAACAAGAAGAAUAAGAAACGUUCUGCUCACAAAUCUUCUUCGGAUACGUUGUCAGUUUCCCAAAUGCUUGACAGGGCUAAGAAAAUGGCGUUGUGGAUAACUCUGGUUGAACUAGAUCAAGCUCGGCGAAAUGGUACAUUAUCCCCUAGCGAAGAUGAAGAUGAUAAUUCGCGCCCAAAGAGGUCAAUUAAGAAAACCUCCACUGUAAACUUGAUAAAUUCUAUUAGCUCUGGCAAGGACAGUAUGGUACAAAUGACGUCAUCGUCUGCGCUAUCAUCAGCAUCAACAAUAAGCACAUCGAGUAUUUCAUCUUCACUGACCUCCGUACUGGCAACUCCAUCGCCAAGCGAACAUGCCACAUCGCCUGAAUCAAUUAGUUCUUCGGAACCAGGCGGUGAUGCUGUUACACCGUCUAAUGAGUCGCCCGGAGCGAUAGUUGGUAUGCUCAAUGGGUCUGGUAGUGAAGGAAAAGAUGCUGGUAUUUUGGAUCUAUGCGAGGAACUGUUGAGAGAUAUCAAUCGAUUUCAACAGAAUUACGGAAAGAAGGUUGAAGUAUGA